UUGAAGAAUCCCGAUCUUUGCGAUGAAUUAACAGAAGAAAAAUAUUACUGGUAUCUGUUGCAAGUGGAAAAAUUAUAUGAAGGAAAAACGUGGACUCAAAAAGAUAAAGAAAAAGCUCAGGAGUUAAUAAAAAAAUACACUGAAAAUAACAAAACAAGACACCGGAAAAAAGCUGAUAACGAACUAAGAAGCACAUAUUUAAAUUUACUGUAUGAAAUUAAAAAAGAUCAACAAGAAAUUUUCGAAAAUGUAAAUGAACAGUGGAAUAGAA